AUCCGAGGAAUAUGACGUCGAGAUGCCCAACGGAAAAAUUUUCCGUUAGUAACCCUCACGUGGUAUGGGCCUUUAAGAAUUUCCUUCUCUCUUCAGAUUCAAAUCGAAGUCUUGAGGAGUUCUCGUUGCCACGGAUCAAGUCUUGUGAGAAAGAUUCUCUUGUAGAGCAAAUGACAGAUCUCGGAAACUUUAAUAUAACAGUAACAACAAGUUCAGGAAAUACUGUUACGGCGAAUAUUGCAGAUAUCAUUGUAUCUGCUUUGAAUAGUACUAAAGUACAAUACAGUGGAGUACCAUUAUAUGAAUGGUUGAUUGGUAACGCAUUUUCUUCCACAAAUGGUGCUGAUACUAUGUUUGCACUUUAUGCUCUGUAUUUGGUGUUUUUUAUGCAUCUUGGUUUUGCCAUGUUGACUGCAGGUUGUGUUCGAGCCAAGAACGCCAAGAAUGCUUGUAUGCUAUUGUUGAUCGACUGGGCAGUAGGAACUCUAGCUUAUUAUUUAUUUGGUUAUGGCUUUGCCUUUGGUGCCAAACCUUCUGAAGGUGCUAGAGGAUUCAUUGGCUCUCAUUUCUUUGCCAUGUCUGGUGUUCCUACCAGAGAUGCCAAUCUUAUCAGUGGAUUUCCUUCCAAUGAAAUUAUCGGUUAUUUUUCUUCACUUCCUGGAGGUGCUAGAGCUCCUGCGGCAGAUGACAGUGGUAGUUGGGGAAACAUGUUGUUUCAAUGGAGUUUUUGUAUUACUGCUGCAGCUAUUGUGAGUGGUUCUGUAUGUGAAAGGGUUUCCGUGUUGGGAUAUACCAUUUUUUCAUUUUGGAUGACGAGUUGGAUAUAUCCUGUCUAUGAGCAUUGGGUAUGGGACUCUUUUGGUUGGUUUGGUGCUGUGAAAUCAGAUGGACCUUUAUUUGCUGGUAGUGGUUACAUUGACUAUGCAGGUUCUGGAGUAGUGCAUACUAUUGGAGGAGUUGCUGCUUUAUGGGGUGCAAUAUUUGUGGGUCCAAGAAUUGGAAGAAUCGAUAGCAAUGGCAAAAUGGUUCCUAUACCUGGUCAUAGUUCCGUUUUGGUGGUAUUAGGAACGAUGAUUCUUAUUUUUGGUUGGUAUGGGUUCAAUCCUGGUUCAGCUCUUGCCAUUAGUUUGCCAUCACAAUACACUACAGUCAUGCGAUGUGCCAUCAAUACGACUAUUGCACCUGCAGCAGCAGGAGUAGCUUCUAUGAUCAUUACUCGAAUACUUUACAAGAAUUAUGAUGUGAAUGCCAUGUGCAAUUGCAUUAUUGGUGGUUUAGUAGCUAUUACUGCUCCUUGUUCUACUAUUGAAAAUUGGGCUGCAGUGAUAUGUGGAGUGGGUGCUGCGAUAGUUUAUCAUGUGGGUUGUCGUGUGGAACAAUGGCUUAAGAUUGAUGAUCCUUUGGAUGCGGUAUCUGUUCAUGCUUUAUGUGGUAAUUGGGGUUUGAUUGUGGUUGGUUUAUUUGCCGCGAGAGAUGCACGUUAUGCUGCUUAUGGAAGUGCACCUGCUUGGGGUGCUUUUAUGGGUGGAGGAGGAGACUUGUUGGCUUGUCAACUCAUUGGUAUAUGUAUUCUUUGGGGAUGGGUCAGUGCUAUGAGUAUUUUUAUGUUUUCAAUCUUGAAAUAUUUUGGAAUUCUUCGUGUCAGUCCUGAAGAGGAAAUGGAAGGCUUGGAUACUUCUAAACAUGGAGGAGCAUGUUAUCCACCUGACUUUCCAGAAGAAUAUAAAUUAAAGAGUAUAGUGGAUAACGACGAAGAGGUUCAAUAUGGUAUGACAAAAGAAGAACAACAACAAGUAGUAAUACCAUCAUCACAUUUGUCAGCAUAAACCUAUUUUAUAUUCUGUUGUGGUUGAAAUAGAUUUGCGUUAUGUUUGUAUUUCCGUGGAUCCCAUGUAUUUCUAUACAUAAGGAACUCUGGAAAGACUUGAUAAAGUUUGAAAUUUGUGG